UUACUAUGAGAAAACCAUCACAGGAUUAAUCUCAGGGGCAGAGUAGUUGUUGUGCUCUUUGUUUCUCAAUUCUCUCCUUCACACACAGACACAGCAGAAACUGCUAGCUCAGAUGAUGGCCUCCUUAAGCCAACACAGGUUUAAAAUCUGCUUCAUCAUCUUGCUCUCCUUAGUCUUCAUUGGGCUCAUGUCUGUCCAAGUGUCGGACAUCUCCCUCAAACAUUCCAAGGUGUGGCUCAAAAAUGUUGCCAGACAUCUUAACUCUUACAUGCCAAUAAAUCCAAGUAUCGGCAAUCAAAUGCUGAUAAAGCAGUCUCCUUAUCCACACUACAAACAAAGAUCUGGAGAACUGGAGAUUUCUAAUACCACACAUGUAGUAGUGACCGUGACGAGCAGGCUUAAUGCCACGGAGUCGACUGAUCAGGACACAAAGACGACAAACCUUUCACCACCUUACCAUGAAGCACAUCCACGCAAUUACCAUUUCAUCCUAGACGAGCCGGACAUAUGUGAGCGGCAGAAGCCAUUUUUGGUCCUCAUGGUACCAGUGGCUCCUCAACAACUGGAGGCUCGAAACUCCAUCCGGAGCACGUGGGGUAACGAGAGCGUCGUUCAAGGGAAAAACAUCACUGUCUUGUUCAUGCUGGGUUUAAAGGGAGGAGAAGACGGGAAGAAACAUCAAGAGCAGUUGAAUUUGGAAAGCCAGCAGUACCACGACCUGAUCCAGAGUACCUUUAUAGACACGUACAAGAACCUGACCAUAAAGACCAUGGUGAUCAUGGACUGGCUAGCCACACACUGUCCUCAAGCAUCCUACGCCAUGAAGAUCGACUCUGACAUGUUCUUAAAUUUGGAGAAUCUCAUGAGCUUGCUGCUGGCACCGAACACGCCCAAAGAAAACUACAUUACUGGGAUGGUUAUGUGGAACCGGCCCGUCGUUCGAAACGUACAUUCCAAGUGGUACGUGCCGAAGGAAGCGUACCCAGAUGACGUCUACCCCACAUACCUGCUGGGGAUGGGUUACGUCUUUUCCAGCGAUCUUCCAGAGAAGCUCGUCAAAGUCUCGAAAGACGUACAGCCAUUUAACAUCGAGGACGCGUACGUGGGUGCGUGUCUGAAAAAACUGGGCAUCUCACCUUCGAGCCCUCCCGAUCCGUCCAAAUUCAAGGCUUAUCACAGUGGCGAAUUUAAGCGCAGCGAGUUCGCCAGGAUCAUCACAACGAUCCUCGGCUCCCCAAAGCAGCUAACAACAUUCUGGCAAGAACUAAAGAGGGCUGUGUGAUCCAGAUCAUGACAUCGUUUACAUACGUCUUUAGAGUGCAAUAAAAAUUCUUCACAUAUCCCAGCUUUUAAGCCAGAACAUUUUGCACUAAGACAACAAUGCUUGUAUAGACUUGCUCAGGACUUCAUGCAUGGUCAAAUGUUUACAUGAAAUUCAUGUCUGUGUGGAUUUCUUCCAGGUUUUCAAACUCCUCAAAAAACAGUGAAGUAUACAUGAAUGUUUGUGUGAUGCGUAUGCGAAGACAAUUGUAUUUGAAUUGAAUUGUACACAAUUUCUCACUUGUGCCAAAUGUAGUCAAGGCAUGUUUGGUGUCCAGUGUUGCUAAAUAUCCCUCAUACCAUGUCCAGUUCUUCAGACCAAGAUGACCGAGUGUUACGUACCGUCCUACACACUGUACGUCACAGCUCAACUAUAAGGCAAGUUGAGCUGGAGAAGGCACGAUCUGGAUUUUGGGACACUUAAAAGGAAACUCUGAGACGAUCUUAGAGGUCUACCAACUGCAUUCGUGAAAGCAUAUUCUUAAGACAACCCCAGAGCUUAAAUGUUUGAAGUGAAAAUUUGAAGCACGUAUUUGGAAAGUUAAGACACAUCUAUUGAUAUAAAAGUUAGAGUGUGAGACUUCGACUACAGUACAUAUUCUCCUCUAUAUUAAUUUUGUAACUCCAUUUUUGUAGCAAAUCUAAAGAGGCAAACAUCUGACACAAAACAUGCCUUGGCUGAUUGACUACACAGGGUAAAGAGGUAUUUGAUACUUUAAAAAGUUUACAAAGGAUGUAAUCAUCUGCAAAGUUGUUACAAAAUAUACAUUUGAGUUAAAAAAUAUAUUUAUCUGCAUUUCCUCAAAUGCUCAUGUUCUACCCUAUAUAUUUCUAGACACAGCUCUUUAUUUCAUUGAUCAAAAAGAUGUCAAGAUUUCUGGAUGUUCUAUUAAAAAUUGUAUGUUU